CUCCUCCCACCCCCUCUCUGCCUGCUAAGAAGAAGUGAUCAUGGCAGCUGACGGGGUGAUUCUUCCUAUCCCAUCGUUGUCUUCAUUGAGGAGCUGCAGACUCCACCUAGUAGAGUUUUACCUGGAGCGCACAAGUUCUCUUACCGGCCCUUUAGCGUCUCCAUUUUGGCUUUGCAUCAUUAGUAAAGCUCCGUCUUGAACAGUAUGAAGAAGCUUUCCACUGUUGCUUUGUGUGUAGAAAGGACACCCCGCAGUGACCCCAUACCUUUCCUGACAGGAAAAAAUGAAAUCUAAAAAACCACCACCUCAGAGGAAGUGUCGUUUCUGCAAGAACCCUCUUAGAGAUACAUGGCAGAAGGCAAUGUGUAGAUCCUGUAUCAGUGAUCUAGUAGAAGAGGAGACAUCCCAACAGUAUAAGGAUUUAUUCACUUCUGUGCGAGAGCGCACAAAUUCGCUAAGCUCAGUUAGAUCCAUGUUGGUUCAGAGCACAGCAGGCCAAGUGGAGUAUCAGCAACCACCAUCCAGCCCAAAAGCAUCCACCUCUAAGUCAGAGGUAGGGGAUUCUGGGGAUGAGGGGGACGAGUACUCUUCCCUCUUUCAGAGGUUCAGAUGAGGAGGAAGAGGAUAGCAGGAGUUCCAGAUAAAAGAUAUCUUUAGAUGAGGUGGACGACCUGCUAAAAGCAAUUUAUACUACCCUGGAUUUUCAGGAGGAAAAGGUACAGUUAUCCGUCCACGAUAAAAUGUACCAGGGACUGGACAACUCCAAACAUAGUGUUUCCAUACCAUAAAGUCGUAUCGGACACAAUCAAAAAAGAGUGGAAGGAUCCGAAAAGGGGCCCUUUCUUCUCUGAGACCUUUAAGAGAAAAUUUCCUUUUGAGGAUAAGGAGUCGGAGGUCUGGAACAAGAAACCACGAGUAGAUGGGGCUUUCUCACAGGUUUCACGUCGCAUGGACCUCGCCUUCGAGGGGGUACUGAAGGACACAAUGGAUAAGAGGGCAGACUCCCUGUUGAAAAAGGCAUGGGAUUCCACAUCAGUCAGUCUUAAACCCGCUAUGGCCUCCACAGUGGUGGCAAGGAACCUAGAGUGCUGGGUGGAAAAGUUGAUGAGCCAUGUAGAGGCAGGCACUCCAAGAAAAGAUCUUUUGGAAUCCUUCCCUCUGAUUUUAAAAGCAGUCAGGUACAUGGCUGAUGCAUCAGCUGAAUCAAUCAAGAUGGCAGCUAGAUCUUCAGCACUGGUAAAUGCAGUCUGGCUAAAAACUUGGUGCCGGGACACAGCCUCAAAGAUUAAACUCUGCGGCAUACCCUUUUCGGUCCAGAUCUGGAAAAAGAUUUGGACAGAACAGCUGACAAAAAGAAGGCUUUUCCUGCCAAAAAGAAACAGACUUCUAAAAAGAAUUUUCAUCCUGUUCAGCAGUCCUACAAAAAUAGAGAAGACAACAAAAAACGUUGGGUUCCCCAAAAGGGUAAGGGAAGAGGAGGAAUUCUAUUCAGAUCCCCCCCAAACCAAACCCCUAAAGACAAAUGACAAUCUCACUCCAGUGGGGGGAAGAUUGUCCGCCUUUCUUCCUCAAUAGAGCCAGAUGGCCAAAAGUCCCUUUUGUAAAAAACAUCAUUGCACAAGGGUACAACCUGGAAUUUUCAGAAUGCCCUCCAAGCAGAUUCUAUGUCGCAGCCCUGCCAAGGGAUCAGGAAAAAUCUUCCGCUAUGACGAGCCUGUUAAAGGAUCUGAUCCAACAGGAAGUUAUCGUCCAAGUCCCGAAACAGGAGGGCCGGGGGGUUUUACUCCCAUAUAGUCCUGGUGAAAAAACCUUCAAGCAAGUUCCGACUAAUUUUGAAUCUGAAAUUCCUGAACAAAUCAAUACGGUACAAACACUUUUGCAUGGACACAAUUCAUUCCAUAACAAAGUUGUUAACGCCAGAGUGCUUCAUGGCAUCCCUGGAUCUAAGAGACGCCUACCUACAUGUUCCAAUAGCUCCGGCCUCCGAACAGUUUCUUCGCCUGGCUAUCAAUCUGAGGACCUCAGGAUUUUCACAAAGGUGAUGGCGGAAGCCCUGGAACCUCUGAAACUGAGGGGGGUCUCGGUUGUUCCAUAUUUGGACGACCUACUAUAUUUUGCGGAUUCCAGAGAUCAGUUUGUGACAAACCUUCAAAUAUUGCAGACUCAUCUCAAGAGUCUAGGGUGGCUAUUAAAUCUAGAGAAGUCAAAUCUAGAUCCCGCACAGGAGAUGAGGUUUCUGGGCUACACCAUAAAUUCAGUUCUCCAAAAAGUGUUUCUCCCUCAGGAAAAGAUGGAAAAAGUAUUUUGCAGGGAGUCAGAUUUAGACGAAUCUCUGUUUCAGUACGGUCAGCCAUGGCAGUAUUGGGCCUCCUCACAGCCUCGAUCCCUGAUGUCCAGUGGGCGAGAUUACAUUCCAGACCCCUCAGGGGAACAUCUUACAAGUUUGGUCGCACCAGGAGUCGCUGGAAAAACGUUUCAAACUAACAUCAAAAGUAAAACGUGCGCUCUGGUGGUGGAGGGACUUUUGCAAUCUGACAAAGGGUCUCUCAUGGGUCCUUCCUUUAGACAAGUGUCUGUCAACAGACGCAAGUUCCUGGGGAUGGGGAGCCCACCGGGAUGGACAAACCGCACAAGGGUCUUGGUCCAAAGCGGAAGCAAGGAAGUUGUCAAAUUGGCAAGAGCUAAAAGCCAUUUUCCUGGAUCUCCUUGCCUUUCAACAGGUGGUGAAGGGACAUCAUGUACAGGUUCUGUCAGACAACACAACAGCAGUAGCUUACGUGCUCAAACAAGGCGGAACCAGGAACCGAGGUCUCGUGGAACUAGCCAGUGAGUUAUUGUCCUGGGCGGAGCUAAACGUGACCUCCUUAUCAGCAGCUCACCUAAAAGGAUCUCAAAAUCUGCUAGCGGAUCUUCUAAGCAGAAGGAGAGUGGUGGAGGCAGAAUGGAGUCUGAACCAGGAGGUAUUCACCAUGAUCUCCAAAGAAUGGGGGUUGUCUAUUCUUAAAGCAGGGGUUCACCCUAUUAAUAAAAAAAAUAAAAUGUUUUUUUCCUCUAGCAUAAAAUG